GCAACUGCGCCGCGUUUUGUCAUGUCUUUCAUCCAGGUAGACGAGAACUCCGAUUUUCCUCUGCAAAAUCUCCCCUAUGGGGUUUUCUCCACCAAGGAGGAGCCUCGGCGCAGGAUUGGAGUCGCGAUUGGAGAGCAGAUUUUGGAUCUCAGCGUCAUUAAACACCUAUUCAAUGGACCGUCUCUUUCCAAACAUCAGCAUGUCUUUGAGCAGCCAGCCCUCAAUGACUUCAUGGCCUUGGGCCGUGGAGCUUGGAAGGAAGCGAGAGCUUUUCUCCAAAAGCUGCUGUCAGCCAGGGAGCCCACCCUGAGGGACAACACGGACCUGCGGAAGAGAGCAUUUGUCCCUCAGGCUGCAGCCACGAUGCACCUGCCAGCUGACAUCGGAGAUUACACUGACUUCUAUUCUUCACGGCAACAUGCCACAAAUAUUGGGAUCAUGUUCAGAGGGAAGGAGAAUGCCCUGAUGCCUAAUUGGCUGCACCUGCCCGUCGGCUACCACGGCCGCGCGUCGUCCGUCGUGGUGUCGGGGACACCCAUCAGGAGGCCUGUGGGGCAGAUAAAUCCUGACAAUGAUAAACAUCCAGUGUUUAGUGCUUGUAAACGUCUGGAUAUGGAGUUAGAAAUGGCAUUCUUUGUUGGCCCUGGCAACAAGCACGGGGAGCCAAUUCCUAUCAGCAGAGCCCACGAGCACAUCUUUGGGAUGGUCCUUAUGAACGACUGGAGUGCCCGUGACAUUCAGAAAUGGGAAUAUAUUCCACUGGGUCCAUUCCUGAGCAAGAGUUUUGGCACAACCAUCUCUCCUUGGGUUGUUACAAUGGAAGCUCUCAUGCCAUUCGUGUUGCCAAAUCCUGUCCAGGAUCCCAAGCCAUUGCCCUACCUCCAAGAUGAAGAGCCCUACACGUUUGACAUCAAGCUCCUUGUUGCCCUUAAAGGAGAAGGAAUGAGCACACCAACUACUAUAUGCACAUCUAAUUUCAAGCACAUGUACUGGACCAUGAAACAGCAGCUAACUCACCAUUCAGUCAACGGAUGCAACCUCCGACCUGGAGAUCUCCUGGCAUCAGGAACAAUCAGUGGACCUGACCCUGAGAGCUUCGGCUCCCUGCUGGAGCUGUCUUGGAAUGGAACAAAAGAAAUUAAUCUUGGCAAUGGACACUCCCGUAAAUUCCUGCAGGAUGGAGAUGAAGUUAUAUUAACAGGUUACUGCCAGGGCAGCGGCUACCGUGUGGGAUUUGGCCAGUGCUCAGGGAAGAUUCUUCCAGCCCCAUCAUUUCCAUGA